AAUGUCUCGUCCUCUCCUCUAGGGGGCAUAGUGAGGAUGACUCUCAGUUUAACAGUCAUCAUGGUGGAAGCAACAGGAAAUGUGACGUACGGUCUCCCCAUCAUGUUGGUGCUGUUGACGGCCAAGGUAGUAGGGGACUACUUUGUGGAGGGUCUGUAUUACAUCCACAUCAAGCUGCAAAGUGUUCCCUUCCUGCACUUGGAGGCCCCUGCCACCUCCCACUGGCUAACAGCCAGGGAGGUGAUGGGUGCCCCAGUCACCUGUUUUAACCGUAUAGAAAAGGUUGGCACCAUCGUGGACGUCCUUAGCAACACCUCCACCAAUCACAACGGCUUCCCUGUCGUCGUGCCGGUCGCCGCUAGCGAUGAUGUAUGGAAAGCUCCAUCUUGUGGACUCAUCCUUCGUUCUCAGCUCAUUGUUCUGCUCAAACACAAGGUGUUUGUAGAGCUGGCUCGGUCCAGGUUGACCCAGAGGAAGCUACAGCUGAAGGACUUUAGGGAUGCCUACCCUCGCUUCCCCCCCAUCCAGAGUAUCCACGUAUCKCAGGAUGAGAGGGAGUGCAUGAUGGACCUUACAGAGUUCAUGAACCCUACACCCUACACCGUACCACAGGUAUAUACAGAGCCUUCAGAAAGGACUCAUACCCCUUGAUAAAUUCCACAUUUAGUUGUUA